AUGCAAAGGUUUAUGGAUUCACAAACAGCAGAUAAUGAUUUAUUAGCAGCAGCUAAAACGGCAAGCUCAUUCAAUGAUAAACUAGAGCAUGAAGUCAGAGUGGCUGCUGAUUUAGAACCUAUUCCACAUUUAGGUGAGUAUCCAACUAAAUUAAAAAUGGAUCCUAGUAGAGAUCCACCAUCAUCUAAUCCUGCAUCAAAAUUAGAAGAAAAAAUAUAACAAAUGAAAUAAGCAGUUGCUGAAGAAUCAAUAUUUAAAGUUGGUUGGUAGGAUGAUGAUAAUUUGUACAAUAAAAUUAUUGAGCAUCUUAUUGAAUUGGAUCCUGAGGAAUAAUCAGACUUUCUAUUACAAAUCUUAAAAAACGAAAUGCGUUCUAACAGAACUCGAAUAGUCUAAAGAUUGAAGGAUAUAUUAGCUAUGAUCAUGGAUGAAACCAUUCUUAUUCCACUUGAAAAACUCUAUGAAGUUUGCAUUCGAGCAAAUAUGGAGAUGGAAGUUGAAGAAGUGUUUUUAGAAGAACUUAAUAUUUCACUUGAUCCUAUAAGAAAUGGAGAAAUUGGGGAAGCUGAGUAAUUAGUUGAAGAAUUAUAAGAACUUGAAUCAUUAGAGGAUGAACAUAUUCAACAUCAAGAAUAAAUAUCUGUACCAAUUGAGUAUCAAAUUGUUUUGAGAAAAGAACCUAAAUUUAAGAAUGAGAAUAAAUUAAAUCCAAUAGAUACUAUAUCAGUUAAUAAAGUACAUAUCCUUAAUGAUUAAGAUGUUGAAGAUCAUAAUAAACAAAAAAUUAAAUAGUAUACAAUGAGAUUAGAUGAUUUUUUCAUUUCUAAUCAAGGUGAAGAAAAUAUAGAAUAACCAGAAGAAUAAUAAUAAGAAUAAUUAGAAGAUAAUUAAGAAUAAUAAGAGGAUAAUUAAGAAUAAUAAGAGGAUAAUUAAGAAUAAUUAGAAGAUAAUUAAGAAUAAUUAGAAGAUAAUUAAGAAUAAUUAGAAGAUAAUUAAGAAUAAUAAGGAGAUAAUUAAGAAUAAUUAGAAGUUAAUUAACAGAACGAUGAGCAGAUGGGUACAGAAUAAGAAAUUUAAUUUGAACCAGGACCUAGAGAAUUAUUUAGAAAUCCAUAGAUCCCUUUUGAUCCAAUUGAGGAAAUCAUUCAAAAUGGUGGAUUUAUCCCACAUGAAUUUUUAAAUCCUCAACACAGAGAUGAUAUUUAUGUAAACGAUCAUUAAUUUAUUCCUCUCACUCCAGAAGAAAUGGCUUAUUAAAGUAAACCUAUCAUUCCACACGAAAUGUUUAAUCCAAUCAAUGAAGAUGAUAAGUAUAAUACUUUUGGCAAUAAAAAAAUAUAAAAAGAACCAUAUUUUCAUUAUAACUAAGGAACCCAAUAGAAUUCAACUGAAAGAAAACCUGAUGUAGCAUAAUCAAUAAAUAUUGUGUAAGGAGAUGCUGAAAUGUAAUCCAUUAAUAUUAUUCUUGAUCCAGUAUAAAUGUAAUCAAUAAAUAUUAAUUUCGAUGAAACAUAGGCUGAAUAAUACAAAUAAUAAUAACUCUAUCAUAAAUAUAGAAACUAAAAACACUUCAUCAAUCGUGAUAGUUUUCAUUACCCUAAUGAUCCUCUGUAUCCAAAUAUUCAUACUGUUCAAGAUCAUACAAGAUCUCCAUAUUAUUAUCAAGGCUAUUACACAGGGGAAGUACCAUAGCAUCCAUAUUAAGUUUAUGAGCCUCCUUUAGAAGAACCAAUCCAAGAAGUUAUGUAUGAAGAAAUCAUUUAAGAAAUACUCAAUGAAGAAAUAGUGCCUCCUGAAGAAGCAAAUCUAGAAAGUCCUCCAGAAGAAGGAGCUGUAGAAAUACCACCUGAGGAAGGUGCUGUAGAUGCACCACCAGAAGAAGGAGCAGGAGGCGAAGCUGUUCCAGAAGAAGUUGUUGGAGAAGCUAUACCAGAAGAGCCAAUUGGUGAAGCAAAGGCUGAAGAAAAUGUUGAAGUUAAGGGAGAGGAUGGUACAAAUCCUGAAGAAGGAAAUAUUGAAGAUACUUAAGUUCAAUAAGAGGAAACUACAUAGUAAGAGACCAUUCCAGAAGAUGCUCCUUAAGAAGGAGGUGGAGAAGAAAUAAAAGAAGUUGAACCUAUAGAAGAUUAAUAAUAGGAAUAAGAGUAGGUUGGAGAUGAAAUUUAAAUAGAUAAUGCUGAAAUAAUUGAUUAGGUAAUUUAGGAAGAUCAAUUGCAAUAAGAAAUAGAACCUUGGAUUAAUUGGGAAGAAGUACCUGAUGAAGAAAUUGAAUAUUUAAUUAGCAGAUUGAUUGAUCCUCGAUUUUAUGAUCCUCAUCAUCCAGAUUAUAACCCAUAAGAUCCCAGGAAUAUUAUUUUUACUUCAACUCAUUUUUAAAGAUCGUAGGUAUAUUUAUAAAUUAAAAACCCCUUAUUUUAUUUACCAGGUUAGGGUCCAUAUGCUAAAUUAAAGUCUUGUAAUACACCAGAAGACUUGUUAGAUCAAAUUACUCCUGAUGAUCUUCAUUCAUUGGUUAAUGAAUGGAAAAAGAGAACUUAACGUUAUAAUAUUCCAGAUGCUGAUUAUUAAUCAAAAUAAUCAAGAAAUCAAUAAUCAUAAUAAUCUUCCAUAUAUCGUCCUUUUUAAGAGUCCUCAACUUUAGAUUAAGCUCCAGUUGAUCAACAAGAAUUUAAACCAGGAGAAGUACCUCAAUAAAGGAAAAGUUCUGAUGCUUAGCCUUUCGAGUUUGCUGAUGAGGAUUUUAUUACACCUAGAGAUAUAGGUAAAUUUGGUAGGAAAAAACCAUUUCAAAUGUAAGGAUUAGAUCCCAAUGAUCCAAGAUCAAUACCUAACUUUAAUCCAGAUAAAUCAAAUUAUUUUGGCAACAAUGAACAUGUUGAAGAGAAUCCUAUUCUUAAAGUAAUUUAGGGAAACAAAAUGUAAUAGGAGGAAAGAGGAGACUAUUAAUAGAUGAACCCAGAUGAGUUUCAUCGUCCUCCAGAUUUUAAUGAUGAUAGAUCAUAUAGAACUGGUAGAGAUGGAAAACCAAUUCAGCGUCAUCCAAGAGGAGAUUGGCAUGAUGAAGAUUAUUACUAUGAUGAAUAUGAUGAGUAUGAUGAUUAUUACGAAGAUAGAGAUGGUGAUGGAAUCCCAGAUGUCUAUCAAGAAGAAAAUUAUUAUCCUCCUUAUUAUUAAAGAAGAUAACCAUACGCUGAUGAAUAUGAUAAGAGAAGAUAAAGUCAUUAUGACAGAAGAAGGUAUGGAGAUCGCGAUGGUAGGGGAUAUAAUGAUUUUGAUGAAUAUGAAGAUUUCAGAGGUGAUGAUCCUUACGAUAGAAGAAGAAGAUAUCAACAUCGAAGAAGAUCAGAUGAUGAAUAUGAUUCAAGACAUCCUAGAAAUCCCUAUAAUAGAAGGUAUGAAUUGGGAGAUAAGGAAGAUUUAGUAGAAGACAAAAUUGGAAGAGAAUUAAACAGAUCAAAAAGGGAUAUAGGUAGAAAAGGAAGGUACUAAAAAAAAGGUGAUGAUUCAUAACCUAGAAUUGAAGAAUUUCAUAUUUAUCAUGAUCUGGAUUAAUAUUCUUAAACGAGAAAUAUAAAUGAUAAACGAAAUAGAGAAGAAAAAGCUAUGCAAGAUCCAAAAUAUAAACCAGGAAAUAUUAAUGGGGUACCAUAGAUUAGAGAUACAACAAGAGAUAUUGAUGAUUAUCCUAGAAGAAGCACACCAGAUGAUAAAGAUUAAAUGGACAGUUCUGGUAUUGCAUUUGCUAAAUCCUUAAAAGAAUAAGGAAGACAGAAGAGAAAUAAAAAAAUACAAGAUGAAAAAUUAAAAUAAAUGGGAUUAAAGAAUUCUAAGAAAUAAAAGAAAAAUAAGAAUUAAAAAAAGAAAAAAUAAAAUGAAGAAAAGGAUGAUUAAUCAAAAAAAUCAAAUUAACAACAAAAUGAUGAAUAAUAAUAAUAAUAAUAAUAAUAAUAAUAAUAACAAUAAUAAGAAUAAUAGUAGAAUAAAUAAUCUUAAUAUAAAGUAUAAGCAUUAGCUGCAAAUAAAUAAAAUAAUGUAAAUAAUAGUGAUUCACUUAUCAAACCUUAAAAUAAAAGUACUACUUAAAAGGAAAUGUCAAAAGCUAAUGAAAUUGAUGAACCUGAUCUUAAGCAUUAAGCAAGAAAUAAUGCAGAAAAAAGUGAUGAAAAUAAAGCUCUUGGCAAAAAUGAGGAACCUCUGUUAAAUAAAAAUAAAAAAGCUAAAACCUUAUUAUAAAUAUCUGAUGAAGAUUGUUCUCAUUUAGACAGCAGAUCUAAGACUUAUACCUGUAUUUAAUGUAAUGUAAUUAUUGAGUAUAUUUUAGACUCAAAAAUCUUAUCAUUUAAACGAUGACACUUGGUAUUUAAUUGGCUUAGCAUAAGGGUACAAAAAAGAAUUUCACACAGUAUUUAAAUUGAUUAAAGAAUUAAUUAAUCCCCAACAACUCUAUACUAGUUUUGGAACUAAUAAUAAAAUUUGUUUUAGCAGUUAAGAGAAGUAAAUCAUUAAUUUAGAUAAAAUAAUAACAAUCUUUUAAGGGAAAAAAGUGACAAAUACUUUAAUUUAGCUGCCUGAAAAACUAUAAAUGUCAUAUUUCUAAUUAUCAUACAGCAACCAAGAAUUUUCUGACUUUGAAUUAGAAAUAGAUGAUAAUAGUAUUCAGAUUGAUAAAGCUGGUGUUAAAGUUUCAAAAAUAAACAUUAUUUGGCAAUCACUUCAAGUCUAAUUAGGAUAUUAAGGUAUAAUUAACUUUAACAAAACAUAAAGAAAAUUUGAUUACAGGUAAAUAAUUAGUGAAGAUUGCAUGAAUGAGAAUCUUAGGAUCUAUCUACACUUUCCUCACGAUUACUAAUAUUCAAUUUAAAUGAUUAAGCAAAUAUUUAAUCAAUAAUAUAUAGAACUUUAUGAAUAAUACUUAUUGUAAUAGAUAGAUUAAAAAGACAGAUGGGUUGUAGUAUAAUUCAAAUCGAGAUUAUGUGAAGAAUCAAGUGAGUAUGGUAUAUCACUUUAAUAAUGA